UAUUGAUACUCACGCUCUUUUCCCUGUUACUUACGCUUGAAAUCAACACAAGAACGUUGUUGAAUUGAACUUGUAAUUUUCAUUUUUGAAUUUGUAAUUCUCAGAAUACUUUCAUAUUAUCAAUGGAUUGCUUAACACAAGUUCGAUGAGUGGCAAUUUGGAUGAACUGGAUUGCCGGAAGAUGAAUGUUGUGGAGCAGUUAUAUGAAUUAAGAGCAAGAAUCAAUAAGGAAGGUGUUGAUUCUGCUGUGCACAAGUUGUACACUUCAAUCAAGUCUUUGAAGGAUCUUGAAAAGAAGGAAAAUCAGUUUCUGUUGAACCGCGAUUUUAAGCAUUCGCAACUUCAAUCUGAGAUUAGUGAAUUAGAGAGGAAAAUAGCAAAUGACUGUGGUCAUGGUAGCAAGAGUCUUACUGAUGGGCUUCAUCAUUCUCUUACCGAAUCACCUGAAAGAUUCGAUUUGAUGAAAAAGGAACUUGCUGCUAGACUAAGGGAUGUAGUGGCAGUAAGACGACAAAUUGAUGACCUUCCCUGCCAAUCGGAAAUUGUCCAGUACGAACACCGGCUCUCAGAACUGUAUGCUCAAAUCCAGGGAAAACAUCGACAGACUCGCAAAUACUAUUCUACCUACAAUGCUCUUUUGGAAAUAAAAGAAUUGAUGUUAAAGGAAACAUCUUUAUUGAAUUCGAUCAUUUCACAGUUUCAAGAGGCCUUUAGUAGCACUGAUGGUCGUAUAAAGCUUGUUCAUUCCAUGGAAGGAAUUGUCAAGGGAAGUGAACAGAAACUACGAAAGGUUCAACUAGGGCUUCAAGAAGAAGAGACAAAUCUUAAUGAUCUUAAGGAUAGAUAUGCUGCAGCAGUCGGUGAGCAUAAGCGCUGCUAUUCUCUGAUGAAAGCUUUUCAGGAAAAAUGCUCCAAGGAGAAGUUACGGUGUCAAAGUUCCAAAUGAAAAUUGCUGACGUCUGAGGUUGUGUUGCUUGAAAUAUUUGCAUCAGUCAAAGCGGAUCGAUGAUGGUCACAAGCUCACAAUACCAUGGUUAUGGGUUAACAAGAUCAUCUGCAGUUUAUAAACUGAUGCGAGCUGCGGCUGUGAUGACUGAUGAUUCACAUUUGCUGACUAUUAUUUACAAGUUUUAUUUAGCAAUUAAAUAAAACUUUUGUAUGGUUUAUUUGGGGUUUUACACAGUUUUCCUGUAAAUGGAGAUUAUUCCAAUCGGCAAUCGGCCAAAAGGAUUGAGGCACUCUCCAAUUUAUUUUUUACUAUUUUCAAAUGGUUAGAAAUCCUUAUCCUUUCUUAUUAUUAUAAAUUCAUACUUCAGGUUGUCAUACAGCGCGAUAGCAAGAGUUUUUGUUUUCUGAGGCAA